AUGGUCAACAUAGUCGGAGUAGUCUUCCUCUGCGGGCUUGCCCUCGUUAGUGCGGAUAAAUUCACAGAAGGAGCUGUCCGGCCGGAGUUUCAACGGGUUGAGCAACUCAGAUCCCUUGGACUAGCGUUUGCUGGACACUUUCAGGAUGUCGAACUGAACGAGACAAGUUUGCUGGACACGCGGGUGCCAACUGAGAAGGAUCUUCUGUGCCUCAGUGACUUGACUGCGGUAAUGAUGGGACUGCAAAGCGGUCAGCACUGGGCACUGAAAAUGAUCGAUUCCUGGGGUUCUAUUCCAUCGGGCCUGUUUACCGGCAACGUGUACGACCUGGGAAACUUUGACGAGUGUCUUAACAUCAGAAAGGAGGUCAGCCAGGGCAGAACUAUCCAGGGAAAGUACUGUUUUCUCUCAGUGUCUCCUUCCAAAAUGCUGGAUGUCGACAGUGGGAUCGGAAACUUUAAAACUGCCACAUGCUUUCCGGCUUCCUGCUCGGCAGCUCACAUGAACAGGUUUAUGGGUCAACUGGUGAAGCAGUUCCUCAACGUCAAUAUCCCCAGCGCAGCCAUGAGCAUCAGCGAUAGCAGUUGCCAGACAAGUGAAAGGGAACCCUGGGAUGGACUCACCAUUUUUAUGAUAGUUUUCUUAUCGGUGAUGGGUGCCCUAGUAGCUUUGUUUACUCUGUGGGACUACUGUCUGGUGAAAAAUCAAGAUCGUCUACCAGCGAUUGUCAAGGUCUUCUCAGCCCGCGCUAACUCUCGUGUUCUUUUCCGAGUUGUUGAUAGCAGAGCCAAUCCGAAUGUUAUCGAGUGUCUGAAUGGAAUAAGGUGUCUGUCUCUUAUGUGGGUGGUUUUCUGCCACCAAUACAUAUUGUCUUUACUUGCUGCGAAUAUUAAUAUUUUCAAUGCUUUUUCGUGGGUGCAGACACCAUAUGCCAGUUUUAUUGUGCAUGGCCUUUUCUCAGUGGAUUCGUUUUUCGUGCUGGGCGGAAUGUUGGUGGCGCUGAUUCCGUUGAGAUUAAUGGAUAGAACCCAGGGCAAACUCAAUGUACCUAUGAUGUAUCUGCAUCGCUUAAUACGUAUCGUUCCGCUUCUGGCAAUCGCCAUUGUCGUGUAUAUGAAAUUUAUGCCUAUGGUAACAGACGGACCCCUUUUUGAAGACGGCUAUUCUCAAAAGAGUGAGUGUGAGAGAAGUUGGUAUUUGACUUUGCUUUUCGUGAACAACUACACAGAAGACAGUUGCCUUGGUCAUUCGUGGUAUCUGGCAGUGGACAUGCAGUUGUUCCUUAUAUCCCCAAUUUUACUCAUUGCUCUCUAUAAAUGGGGAAAGAAAGCAGCAGCUGGUAUAGUCGUCCUUAUUAUUUUACUUUCGGGGUGUCUCUUUGCCACCAUGAUGGUCAAAGAAUACUCAUUGAUGUACAAAAAGUACACUCCCGAGGGGAUGAAGGAAAUUUACAACAGUACCCAUACACACGCCACGCCUUGGCUGAUAGGUUUUCUCUUCGGCUACUACCUGCACAUAAAUAAGGGAAAGAAAUUUAUGCUGAGCCGGUCUGCCGUUUGUUGCGGCUGGAUCCUUUGCCUGGCCAUGAUCUUUACCUCGAUCUUUGCCCUCUACCCGGCAUCCCAGUGGAGUGCUCCUGCCUUGUCCACCGUGGCGGAAUCUUCGUACUACACCCUGACCACAGUGGGAUGGUCAAUGGCCCUCUGCUGGGUGAUCUUCGCCUGCAUGCAUGGAUACGGAGGACUGGCCAACAGUUUCCUAUCCUCCCCGCUGUGGCAACCCCUCUCCAGGCUCUCCUAUUCCGUCUACAUUUGGCACAUGUUCUUCCAGGAGGUGAACGUCAGAAGUACUAGGACGAAUUCGUACUUCUCGGACUAUAUGAUUAUGCUGAACUUCUGGUCGACCUUUGGAUUCACCGUGCUGUUUGCCUAUGUAAUGUACUUGCUAGUUGAGGCACCUUUUGGUGGGCUUGAUCUUUUACUGGGACACAAAAGGAAAAGCCCUCCUCUCGUCAAACAGAAAUCACAGAUAGAUGUUAACGGGCCUAGUAAUAUGGAGGAGCACAAAGUAACAACUCCAGCUCCUGCUGCAGAAUAGGCACAAACUUUUAUGUGUGAUCCCUCCCAGUAGCUUAAGAAAUUUAUAUUUUAAAGUAAGGAGAAAGGUGCUUGACUUGUAGUUCAAAGUAAGUUGUAGUACUUUUUUUAUGACCAGCUUGAGUCCUGACUGCUCCUGGCUGCUCCUGACUGAGUAAGACAUUUAUCUACGACUCCCCCGCUUCCGGUUGAUGGUACAACACCCACAUCACUUUCUGGUUGCAUGUCCCGUGUAAAUUUAAGGCUGGAAACAAAUGGAGAACUUCUUGACUUGCGUCGACUUCGCUUAGUCCGAUGCCAUAAACUACGUGCAACUGCCAGUGCCAGUGCCAGUGCCACUGCCAUUGCAACUCCAAUUGCAAACUGCAAUGAGUGUUUGGCUGGGCCGACAAAGCGAUCUGGAUCCGGAUCCGAAUUCGAAUUCCCACUGCGCAUAUUUUAUGGCAGUUACGCGGCUGCCGGGCAACUUAAUUAGUGCCUGCUGGUGCGCCUCCACUCCGGGUCCGGGUCUCAGUCCGGGUUCGACUUUCGUUUCCACAGCCACUUCCACUUCGAUUGCGGCAGGGACAGCUGCAUUGCACCUGACAUUUAACAUUAUUACGCGGCGCCUCUGCCGAAUACCGAAUGAGUUUGCCGGCCAUUACAGGCAGCGCCUUAAAGUGGCGCUUCGACGCUGCUCGCGUUAAAGCGGUGUUGAGCUUAAUGUGCACCACACUGACGCCACAUGGAACAUGGAACUUCAACUCCGACUUUUGUGCGGCAGUGGUGUCGAUGUCACCAAAACAGACAAACAAAAAAGUAUUAAUAUCAAAGACGGCUCAACUAUGUACCUACCUUUUAUAACUAAAAACUUGGUUUAA